AGUGGAGUCUGUCUUGACCGUGUAAGAUACACUGAGUUUCUAUUACCUUGUGGAUUUCUGAAGAAAUUGUUGCUGAAGGAAUUCAAUUCCGAGAAACAGCACAACACCACACACCCAUCACACCACAGGAGAUGGUGGCACCUUAAUCGGGGAGAAAGGGGUCGUGGUAAUGACUGGAGCAGGUUCAGGGGAAUGGUAUGAAAUACAUCAAACACAUGGUUUCCAGGUGUUUAAUGCCAUUCCAUUUGCUCCAUUCCGCACAUUAUUAUUAGCAGUCACGAAUGUUUGAUCUUGAACAGAACAUGACACGCAGAAAUCGUAAUGUUCAACCUGCGAGGACAGAUACAGAAACCGGGAAAAUUCCGAGCAACACAGCUCAAACAAAUGGAUUGGAGAGUUAUAUUUGUCUGCGCAGUAGCAUGGCAUGUUUCACUGGUGUCACAAUCUUAUGCCACAGGUGGUGUGAAUACAUCUCUCUCUACAGCUCAGAGCAACUUGUCUCUGUGUUUCACCUGCAACGGUGAGAGAUGUCAAGAUGUGAAAAAGAUUUUCAACUCAAUGAGAGAUGACAAAAUUUGGACGCAAAGUACUGCAACGUCUGCCCUUCUUGGCUGUUCCCUGACCUCGUCUCCCUUUGCUGGGAAGUGUGUGCCAUGUGUUGAGGACCGCAAGGUCUACAUUGUUUGCCUUGACAUGCCCAAGGAUCUCAAACUGGACCUGGAGGAUGGUGAUGGCAACUCAUUUUCCUACACUGAAGCUACAUGCCCUAGACUGACGGCGUCUAGAGCUGUAGGUCACGCUGGACACAACAGUAAUUUCAGUGUUUGUGAGUUUCCUAGUGGAGUCAGAGGUCUUGCUGGGCAUGGUGGAGCAAUGAUCAGCAUUGGCAUGUUAGCAGCUGCCGUCAUCUUUGUCGCUUACUACAGAAGCCAGACCAAAUCAAGUAUUGUCUAGUGUCAACUUCAGAAGUCCACUCAGAGGAACACCAGACCCAUUUAAAGUUAUUAAAGACUGUCACGUCUACUGCUCCCCCUCUCCGGCGCACAGAGGGAGGGGGGCAGAACAUGAGACAGAGCUGCAUUUCAUGACAAAAUGUGAAAAAUAUAAAACAAUUAGAGAGUGUAAUUUCCCCAUUUUGAAACCCUUAUUCAAGGUUUCAAAGACCUCUCUGGUGAGAGUAGGCUACCCUUCCUGUUGGGGGAAGACGCAGAGAGCUGGGGGUUGGCAGCGCACUACAUUGCUGCCUGCCAUAAGAUGAGGGACAGUGUCUGACAGACCAAUCAACCUGCACAUAAGCUUUGGCAAUAUGUA